AUGUUAGUGAUUAAACAACAUCUGUUAGACGAAGAGAACAUUAUGCGAUCCGAAGAUCUGAACAUUAUGCGGAAAUUAUUUUGGAAAGAGAAGUGUUUGAAAAUGUGCACACAACUACACCGCUGUGUGAUUGCUGUGAUUCCGGGUAUUCUGAAGCGAAUAGUGACAUCAAUCAAGAUUAGGAUCACUUUGGAUUACUCACUAUUGAACUUCUUCUCCUCGCUAUCGUUGAAAGCAGUAUAA